AUGUUUGAUGAUUUAUCCUCGCGCUACGACAUGUCUCUCGACAGAGCCACCCCCAGCCUGCCCUCCAACAAUUUCCCUUACGACGUAAACGGCGCCCAGACCUGGAAUGCGAAUGGCAUCGGCGCCGCGCAUACCUUGGGCAACAUUGGAGCCAAUCCGCUCUCUGCGUCUGCUCGCGGAAGAAGCGUGCGUGGCAGAACUGGCCUUCCUGCUACCUGGCUUGAUCAGCAGCAACCUUCGCCCAGUGCGUUCCCGCUUGCGCCUGGCCCCGUACAGGCAAAUCCGCUGCGCCCAGAAAACCACGGCCACCAUGAUGGAGGAGAGGAUGAGCUUAUUCCGACUGCAAUUGUCAUCAAAAAUAUUCCUUUUGCUGUUAAGAAAGAGCAACUCAUCCAGUUGAUGACUGAUCUAAGUUUACCAUUGCCGUAUGCCUUUAACUACCAUUUCGAUAACGGUGUCUUCCGUGGUCUCGCAUUUGCGAAUUUCACCUCUGCCGAAGAAACCGCAGCGGUGAUUGAAGUCCUCAACCAUUUUGACCUGAAUGGUCGGAAACUGAGAGUUGAAUACAAGAAAAUGCUUCCCGCGCAGGAACGCGAAAGAAUCGAGCGCGAAAAACGUGAGCGUCGGGGCCAGCUAGAGGAACAGCACCGCCCAAUUGCGACCACUCAGCUCCAGAGUCAGAAUUCAAUGUCCUCUCUGACCUCUCAUCUGCCCACGGCUUCGUCCUCGCCAGUUUCUCAGCGCACAGGAGGCCUUGAUAUGAACGAUCAAAUAACACUACAGUUCUACUCCCAGCUUCUCCUGUUUAAACAGGACCCCACUAGGGAGUCUGUGAUUUUUCCUUCGAACUUGGUGCCUUUGGAGCGCCGUAUUGUACACACCCUGGCUCAUAACAUGGGCCUUGGGCAUUCAUCUCGAGGAAGUGGUGAUCAAAGACAAGUACAUGUUUUCCGUAUUACAACUGGUACAAAUGUUAGCCCUCCAAUCCCAGUGCUGCCAGCCACCAUCCACCAAACGGAUUCAUCACGUCGAAGUCUCAACCGUGCAGCCACCAUAGAUUUCGGCGAGGCCAGGAAUGAUACAGCAAACCCCUUUGCCACCUUACGUAGCCAUCAUUCGGGAUAUCUCAGCGUGCUUGACUCCCCUGGAACCUUUGGUGGAAAUCCGCAAAACCUCCGCGCGGCGAAGUCCUUUGCCGACCUGCGUUCAUACACACCGUCUCCAGCACCAUCAACUGCAAGCUACCCAGCUGCCUUGCAUCCCAAUGGAACUCGCAUCCAGGGUUUUGAAAGUGCCGCAAGCGGAGCCUCUCACACACCUACCUUGACUCCUGCUCCAGGCUCCAAUAUUGUCAUGCCGCGGCCUGAAGAGAAUCUUCUUGUUAACACUUUUAGCUCACUUCAACUAGGCACCUCUGUUAGCGGUGGAAACUCCAGCCCAAGAAGACUCCGCCAAGUGUUCUCAUGGGAGCAACAGGAUACAAACCAAUCCUCUGCAACUGCUCCUAUUGGCAGCAACCGUGCCAUUGGUCUCGGCACCUUUGAUAGCCAAACUCAAGACCGACUUCCUCUUAGACAGCCCCGUGGACCUGCCCCAGAGAGGGGCUCCGGAUUUCGCCGGCCAAAUGGACACCAGUCCCGUGGCAGCGAUGAAAUCCAAAACGGCAGGCCCGAAAUUGUUGUCGAAUGA